UAAUUGUUUGCUUUCUCUUAAAUUAAUGGGUUUCGUUUUCCUUUUACUCGGCUUAAAAUAUAAAAAACUCAUCUUCCUAGUUUAGUUUCCUCUGUGGGUUCGUGUUUUAUUUCCCAAUUGGGUUUCGGCUUAUAGAUUGGAUUUGAUGUUGGGUAUACUCAUGCAUUUGCAGCGUUUUCAUUUCAAGCAGAUAAAGAAGAGGAAUUAGGGGGAAUACAUGAUGAUCAAGCGUUUACCAAGUAGAAACCAUAGAUCUAAAGGAGUCAGGGUAAAAGAUGUUCUGAAGAUUUGUCUGCUGCUUGGUGUAUGCUUUUGGUUAAUCUACCAAGUCAAGCAUUCCCAUGAUAAGAAGAGGGAAUUUGACGAAAAAGACUCAAAAGCCUCUGUUAAAUCACAAAGUGAUGAUGAGAUCCUGAAACUGGGGAGGAAGGACCUCCCUAAAUUGCAAGAAGUAGAUAAGAAUGAGAAGCACGAGGAUGAAAAGGAAGAUGCUGUAGAGGAUGAAGAAAAUAAGCCCAGAGAAGAACAAAAAGAAAUAAGAACGCAGGUAGAAGAAGAUCAAGAAGAAGCAAAGCAUGUAGAAGAAGAAGAAGAAGAAGAAGAAGAGUGGGAAGACAAAGAGAACAAGCAUAUAGAUAAUCGGCAAGGAGCAAACAUGCAAGGUGAAGAAGCUAGUAAGCAUGAUGAAGAAGAGCAAGAUGAAGAAAAUAAGACUGAAGAGACAGAAGAGGAGAGAAGAGGAGGUGAAGAUGAUGAGACUGAUGAACAAGAUCAAGAAAGAGCAGAACUUGAGGGUGAUCAUGAGGACGAAUUUUUAGAUGAAGAGAAAGAGAGGGAAGGAGAUAGUGAUGAUAAAGAGAAUGAAGAAGAGGUAAAUGGUAAAGAGAACGAAGAUGAGGGUGAUGUCAAAGAGGGUGAAGAGAAAGACAGUCAGGUAGAAACUGAGAAUUCAUCUGAUGAUCAUGAUAAUGAUGGUGAUACGAAUGCUCACGUGGCAAGAGAAGAACAUUAUAAGGCAGACGAUGCUUCUAGUGCUGUUUCCCAGGAUAACCAAAUUACAAUAACAGAGAAUGAUGAGGCCAGUUUGGAAAAUUCAAAUGAAAACAGGAAUAUUUUGGAAGAUGGAAAUAAAUCAAAUAACAUUGAGGAAAGUAAUGGGAUUCAAAACGGUAUGGAGUUAAAGUCAGGAGAAGGUGUAAUGGCUGAAAGUGGUGAUCUAUUGAAUGUAACUACUACUGAAGAAAAAGAUCAUGGAACUAGAUCAAACAACCCUGAAUAUAGCAUGCUUUUGAAUGCAAUAACUAAUUUGACUGAAACAGCUACAGAAACAAGCAACAAUUCAUUUGGAUUGAGUACCCAAAUUAUUGUUUUGUCUCAGCAGAACGAAACAGAGACUACAUCGGUGUCAAAUCAUGCUCAAAACGCAGUUGUGGAUGGUGCAACUAGCUUAGAAGCCGGUAAACUUCAAACCACUGUAUUGGAACAAGCCAACAACUUUACCACAGUUUCUGACGGCAAUCAAUCUAAUUCCAAUCCCACUAUUUCUACUGAAACCAUGAAUGCAGAUGCAGCCUUGGGAGAUUCCUUUAAUAAUCCAAACCCUGCACUAUCAGAAAAUAUCAUUAACUCAAAUGCAACAGUAGUUGGAGAGGUCAGCUCUGGGUCUUUACCAAUGGAGGAGACAACUGAUGCUACUCAAAAUGAAACAAUAAAUAGUGGUGCUGAAUCUGGUGGAACAAAUAAAACCCUACACUCUUCCUUGACGGAAUGGACUGGGAAUGUGCGUAGUAGCAGUGAAACAAAUGAAAGCACCACUGGAACUGGGGAUGCUCAUAGUGACAGGGGAUCGAGUGAAACAAAUGAAAGCACAAAUGGGACCGUGGAUGUGGCUAGAGAGGACCCCAUUGAUUCUUCAGAUUUUUCUAUUAUCAAUGACGAGAAAGAGUCUAAGAUAGAUUUGGAAACGUUGCCUGAUAUCAGAACAAACGUGGAUCCCAAUGAAGAUGCUGCAUCAGAAUAGAAAUUCUGAUGAAAUCUGUUGCCUUUUUUGUUGGUGCUCCGAAGUUUUAGUUGUAAUUUUCUCGCUUGUUUUCAAUACAGAAAAAGGUGACGUUUUCAGAGUGCUUAUGCUUGACUGAAUUGAUCCAUGUUCGAGAAUACGGUACAACUCUGCUGGCAAAAUGUAGGCAGGGCAGGUUUUUAACUGUAUAAUUUAUGUCAACUUUUUAUGAAUACAGCUUUUUAUUCC